UCAUGGGAUUGGUCAAUUCAUUAAAACUCCAGAAAAAAAAAGUCAAUAAAAAAAUCCUCUUUCCCCAAAGUCACAAUCUUGCAUCAAAUCGAAUUAAUCCGCGAAAAUUGCUGAAAAAGCUUUGAACUUUUCUCAAAUGGAACUCUAAAUUUUCACUCUUUAAUCCCAAUUUUUUUAAAAUUAUGAUUUUUAGUAAGAUGAUCACUCAGUUGCUGCUAACCUUGGUGAUUCUCUUUGCUGCUUUCUCUCUCCUACCUGCAACAACAACAAUAGCUACUAAUCUUUUUUGUGAAGCUGGGAUUGAAUAUGGAGAAAGUGGGUGUGGAAUUCCAUCAUCAUCAUCAUCAUCAUCAUCAAAGAUAUUGAUUAAAGGAGGAACAGUAGUGAAUGCCCAUCAUCAAGAAAUUGCUGAUGUUUAUGUGGAAGAUGGUAUUAUUGUUGCUGUUCAAUCAAAUCUUAAGGUGGGUGAUGACGUAGUUGUGCUUGACGCGACUGGAAAAUAUGUCAUGCCAGGAGGAAUUGAUCCACAUACUCACCUGGAUAUGGAGUUCAUGGGCACGCAGACCAUCGAUGACUUCUUUAGCGGUCAAGCUGCUGCAUUAGCUGGUGGUACAACAAUGCAUAUCGACUUUGUCAUACCUGUUAAUGGAAGCUUGACGGCCGGUUUGGAGUUAUACAAACAAAAGGCUCAGAAAUCUUGUAUGGAUUAUGGUUUUCAUAUGGCGGUUACAAAAUGGGAUGAGGUUGUUUCAAGGGAAAUGGAUUUGAUGGUUAAGGAGGAAGGUAUAAAUUCUUUCAAAUUCUUCAUGGCGUACAAGGGCUCUUUCAUGAUAAACGAUGAGCUUUUGAUAGAGGGGUUCAAGAAAUGCAAGUCUUUGGGUGCCUUGCCUAUGGUUCAUGCAGAAAACGGUGAUGCUGUUUUUGAAGGGCAGAAGCGGAUGAUAGAACUUGGUAUCACUGGUCCUGAGGGGCAUGCUCUUUCAAGACCUCCUCUGCUCGAAGGAGAGGCAACAUCUCGAGCUAUCCGACUAGCACGUUUUGUAAACACGCCUUUGUAUGUGGUUCACGUGAUGAGCAUUGAUGCCAUGGAAGAAGUAGCCAAAGCUCGAAAAUCAGGACAGAGAGUCAUAGGCGAGGCCGUAGUUUCGGGAUUAAUCCUGAAUGAUUCCGUGCUUUGGGAUCCUGACUUCUCCAUUGCAGCAAAAUAUGUGAUGAGUCCACCAAUCAGAGAAGCUGGCCAUGGUAAAGCGCUACAGGGUGCUCUUUCUUCAGGAGUUCUUCAGCUAGUCGGGACUGAUCACUGUACGUUUAAUUCAGCACAAAAGGCUUUUGGAAUUGAUGAUUUCCGAAAAAUCCCAAAUGGUGUUAAUGGGCUUGAGGAGAGGAUGCAUCUAGUCUGGGACACGAUGGUGGAAUCUGGGCAGAUGUCAGUCAGUGAUUAUGUGAGGAUAACAAGCACAGAAUGUGCGAAAAUCUUCAACAUAUACCCGAAAAAAGGAGCAAUACUCCCCGGAUCUGAUGCAGACAUCAUAAUACUCAAUCCUAAUGCAAGUUUCACAAUUUCAGCAGAACUGCAUCAUUAUAGGACAGACACAAAUGUCUACGAGGGGGUGACAGGAAAGGGAAAGGUUGAAGUAACUAUUGCGGGAGGAAAGAUUGUUUGGCAAAACGGAGAACUAAAAGCCUUUCCGGGUUCUGGAAAAUACGUAGAGAUGCCUCCUUUCAGUUACGUUUUCGACGGUAUUGAAAAGGCAGAUAGCAGUUACCUCUCUUCUCUCAAAGCUCCGGUAAAACGGUUCAGAUCCUCAACUUAAAACUUAAUACUGCAUUACUUUGUACAGAAAAUUCUGCCUUCAUUUUACUUGACAUGAACUAAAUGAAACAUUAUUACCAUUACACACGAAUGCUGAUCUUUUUUUACGGAUCAUACUGAAAUAAAACAAAAAAGAAAAGAAAAGAAAAUUUCCUGUGGUGCAAAA